AUGCAUAGAUCCCAAGCACAAACCCUGAAUGAAAAUCCUCAAGAUCAAAAGCUACAGAAAACCCAAGUAUGGGACUGUGAUAGCAAUCUCUAUGACUCGUUUGAGCUCAACUCAUUCAGGCGUCAACUUAACUCAGCCAUCAGUUCAAGAACCAUGUCCAUGCCUCAUUUAACCGGCAACACUCGAGUUCCUCCUCCUAACCCACCAUCAGUUUCCAAGAAGCAGCAGUCCAAGUUGUCUCGAUCCAUUCAAAAACUCUUCAAAUCCGUGUUUAAAUUCAGACAAAGUUCGAGUUCCUCACUUUUGUGGAUGAAACAAAGAUCAAAAGAGGAGUACUACGUGGUUUAUGACAAGACAGGUUCACUGACAACCAUUCCCGAGGUCUCGGAGAUCCAUUUUGGAGGGUUUUCGCCAGAGAAUAACUCGUUGGUCGGUAAGAGAACUGCAUCAGAUAGAUUCACUUCAGCCUCCACUGUCGGUAUUUCAUGUGCUUAA